AUGAUCGGCACAAAAUUAAGAGCAUCAUAUCCUACAGUCAAUGGUCUGAUGGCUUGGAGGGUGAUCGUCGGUAGAUUGCUAAGACGAGUUUUUUUUGAGCGCAUGUUGUCCUGCAGUGAAUAUUUUGACGGUAUUGAAGAUGAUCGAGCAUGUCGUUCGACAGUUAAUGGUUUGAUGGCUUGGUGGGGGAUCGUCGGAAGAUUGUUAAGACGAAUGUUCUUUCUUUGGAGGUCAUGUUGUCCUGUAGUGAAUAAGUAUGAUGACCCUAACCCUAAUCCCGAAACGGAUGGUGACUCAGAUGAGGAGGUGAGGGAUGAGGAAUUAACUAAACAAACCACACUACUCAAUUUCUUCCAUCUAACACAGGAGUUCAUAAGGGACCUAAAUGAGAAUGAAAUGGAACCAGAGGAGGAUUCUUCAAACUACAUACCCCCAACCACCAGAAGCGCAGAACAGUACAGACAGAUAUCAGUGGACAUUGUUAAGCAUAUCCUCCCAUUCCAGAAUGCCAAUUGUAACAGGGAAAACAUAAAAAAGGACCCACACCCACUCCUCGAGUCGUUCAUGAGGAGACAGAACAUAUUGAAUAAUGCCUGUAGGAAUGAAGAGCACUGCACGUGCAUCAGAUCAUUCAUGGAGGCAUACAGGAUUCAUAAGGUGAGCAAACCGGACGUGAAGAAGACUAAAGAAAAAAUAUUGAUCAGGCCGUACUGCCCCACUUUGAUGACCAUAUACCAAUAG